CGGGGGCAAUGGGCGUGUCCGGGGUCACGUGCUGAGGAAGCGGCGCCGCCAGUCCCGGCGCUGGGCCCGGAAGCGGACGCUGCGGUCCUAGCGCGGGGCCCGGCCAGCAGGCAGCUUGGCCCCGGGGCCGGCGGGCAGGCUCUGACUCCUGCGUGCAGCAUGCAGGUGACGGAGCGCGAGGCUGUGGGGCAGGGACUGGAGGGGGGCCCUGCCCUGCCCGAUGCCCAGAUGGAGUCGCCCACUCCCCCCAAGUCCCCGGCCUUCGACCUCUUCAGCCUGGUCCUGUCCUCCAAGCGGCUGGAGAUGUACCUGGAGCCCCUGCAGGAUGCCUGGGAGGGGAUCCACUUCCUGCUAAGGUGGCAGAUGCCUCUGUGCUCGCUGCUCACCUGCCUGGUGCUCAACUUCUUGCUGCUCACCCUGACUGAAGCUGCCUGGUUCUCGCUGUGCGCACUGCUGGUCCUGGUGCCCGCCCUGCUGGGCUACCUGCAGGAGGCAUGCCGGGCCCGCCGGCCGGCGCCGGAGCUGGUGCACCAGAGGUACCACAGCGUCCGGCGCGAGGACCUGCAGCAGGUGCGGCUGGCGCGGCAUGAAGCCGUCACUGAGGUGAAGAGAUUCCUGAUCCACCUGGAGGGCUUCCUGAGCUGGCUGUGCUGUGCCUGUGAGGGGGCGUACCGCGUGCUGCACUGGGAGACCCCCGCCCUGUCGUCCCAGUUCUAUGGGGCGCUGCUGGGCUCCCUCUGUGUCCUGUACCUGCUGCCCUUCUGCUGGGUCCUCGCCCUGCUCAACAGCACCCUCUUCCUGGGGAACGCUGAGUUCUACCGAGUGCUGCUGGAGCUCAAGGCUGCAGUGGAGCAACGCCUCAGCCCCAAGCCCCUCACCAGCACCCUGGAGCCGGUGGAGCCCGACGUGGGAGGAGAGGGGGGUGGCGCUCUGGUGGAUCGGACCCCCACGCCCACCAGCACCGAGGACCUCACGCCCGGCAGCGUGGAGGAAGCAGAGGAGGUGGAGCCUGACGAGGAGUUUAAAGACGCUAUCGAGGAGGACGACGACGUCUCCCAGUGCUCCGCCGAGUUCGACAUUGGCCUCCCGGACAGCAGCGUCAUGAGCAAGAACGAGGUGAUCCGCAGCAAGGUGUCGCGGCUGACCGAGCGGUUGCGCAAGCGCUACCCCAGCAAUAACUUCGGGAGCUGCACCCGCUGCGCAGCCACCUUCUCCGUGCUCAAGAAGAGGCGGAGCUGCAGUAACUGCGGCAACAGCUUCUGCUCCCGCUGCUGCUCCUACAAAGUCCCCAAAUCCUCCAUGGGAGCCACAGCCCCAGAUGCCCAGAGGGAGAUGGUGUUUGUUUGCUCGUUGUGUAACCAGGUUCUCGUCAAGUGAGCGGAGCCCCCGCUGGGGGCGUCUCUGGCUGCCUGUCCCUGCUGCUCUGGGCAGGAGAGCGCCAGGAUCCUGCGUCGCUGAGUCCUACGCCUGCCCUGGCGCGGCCUGACCAAUGGCACUGGGCUCCACUGCUCUGUUCCCUGGAGCUUUGCUGUGGGGUCCUGAACGGGGCAGGGGGCUGGAGCAGGACUGGCAGGGGACUGAGGCCAGCCACCCCUUCUCUCUGCUCUGGGGCUGGGAGGGAUGGCAGUGCCUCAGGGGCCUUGACAGGUCAGGGUGACUGUCAGGGGUUUGCAAAGCCAGAGGGGUAACCAUCUGCACAGUGCCCUGUGCUAGCUAAGUCCCCCUCAGCCUGCCCCUGGGCUCGGAGCAGACCCUCCUCGCGCCCCAGGGCUGGGCUCCCUCCCUGCCUGCAGGCAGACGGGAGCAGGCAGGAGCCAGGCUGCGCUCAGCUGGGCAGGGCGGAGUGCAGUGGGUGGCUGGAAUGGGCCAUGGGGGGAGGGCAGGGGGAGUAGAGGGCCUGGCGUGGGGUGGCUCUCGGCUCGCACUCUGCAUGCUGGGCUGCUGGCUUUGCCCAUGUCGCUGGGUGCUGGUUCUACUCCCGUCACCUGGGGCCACAGCACCCCCCUGCUCUGCUGCUGCCCUGCCCCACGGAAUUUGAGCAAAGGCUUCACCCCCCAUGGCCCUGGGGACUCCUCUCUCAGCAAGGGGGGUUGGGUGUCUCCAGCCUCCACUCACGGCAGCAAGCACUGCAGGGCCAGGGCGGAGCGAGGGUUCUGCACUGACCCCUGUGUAUGGGGGAGUUACUGUGUGUGUAGCUGGAGCUGGCUCCUGUGUCCCCCCCCCCCAUGAGGGCUCUCGGGCCCCCUGCAGUCCCCCUGGGCUGCACACGCCCUGCUGGGGUAGCCGGCACCUGCUCUGCUGUGUGGGGGCUCCCUGCUGCCAGGUGAGCAGCUGGCAGCAGGCUCCAGCCUGGCCCUAGAGCAGCAUCAGCCACGUGCAGGUCACGUUAACCAGGGUUAAAAGGGGUGGGGCUGCUGCGGGGAGACCUCCACCUGCUGUGUCCCAUGGCAAGCGCCCGGGACCCCCACCAAAGGUACAGGAGGAAGGAGAGUGCGUCACGCCUGGCCAGGCUGGCAGCCCCCGGGCCCUUCCUUUGGGCCCAACUCCUGGGUGCCAGGCAUAGCUGGAGCAAGAUGAGACCUGGGGGGGGGCAGAGGGGCUAGGCGGGGCAGUUGCUGCUGCUGUGCCAGGGUGUCCCCCUCUCUGCCCUGGGCUGCUCAGGAGCAGGGUGAGCAUGGCCGGGUCCCAGGAGAUGGGGUGGGGGGGCUGUCAGUGUGAAGCUCCCUUCAGCUUCUGUUCUGCCUGUUCCCCCCCACCCCCAAUGAGCCCUUAAGGACAAGCGGAGGGGGGAUAGUCCAGCCCUUCCUCCCCUCCCCCUCUUUGUGCACCACUUAGGUCCAGUGUCUGAGUCUCCAGUUUGGGUUUAUUAACUUCUGGGCCUGGUACCAGGGCGAGUCCUGGGGAGGGUGUGGUGUGAACGUGGCUCCUCUGCUUACACAACUGCAGCUUCCCCUCUGCUUCUCUUGCACGGUUGGGAAAUGACGUGACUCACUUUCCCUGGCUGAGUCGGCACCAGUGAGAAACCACCUGUCCCAGCAGCUCUGGCCCCGGCCCACUGGGCAGGUCCCUGCUCUGUGCCUCCAGUCCCCACCUGUCCCUGGGUGAAGGGCGGGGAGCUCUGGGGAGGAAUGUGCUGUUAGGACCAGGGACCCUAGUUUUCCAUGAUAACCGCCCCCCAAUAAACGUGACUCUGCAUUUC